CCGUCAAACCAACGGCUUAGAUAUAUUCCCCAAUCUGUCAUCUUUUCCCUCUCUUUCAAGUCUUCCUGUUUAGUUAAGGCUUUUUAGACUACUCUUCUCCAAGCCACAGUCAGUUUCCAAAGUUUUCAUUUAUUCCAGUAAAGGACUUUACUUCAUUCUUUCUUGCAUUUUCAGCGAUUUUUCUUAAGUGGGUGUUAAAAAAAAAAAAACCAUCUUGGGGCAUUUUUGGAUAGUGAGGAAAUCAAAGAAUGCCAGUUUCAACUAGGUCUCAGAUCAGCAGUCAAGAAGAGCAGCAAAGGAGCAGAAGCAGAAGAUCAAAUGAAGAAGAAGAAACCCAGGUGAAUGGUGUUAAUAACAAUGUUCCAAUGAGGAAUCCACAUCACGGGUUGAAGGAAAAAAUGAGAGCUUUAACUCUUUUAUAUGAACAACAAAAGAAAGCUUCUGCAGCUAUAAGAAACAACCCAUCUCCAAAACCUGAUCAAGACAAGCGUUUUUCAACUCACCCAAGUGUUGAUCUUCUCACUUCUUGCAAAAGACAAGAGAGAAAGGAAGAGAAAGGGGAAAAAGACUCCAAGGUUAACAAUGUUAUGAGAGAAAACACGUUGCCAACAUUGCCUACAAUGGCUAAUUCUACAGUGACUAGAACUUUUGUGUUGCCUCAACCACCUUUGGAUGAUGCAAAGGAGAAUCUUUUGAUUGGUCCUGAUAAGAUUAUUGGGUUUUCUUCUUGUGCAAGAAAGGCCACAACGGCGGCUGAGAAAACUACAGUGGCGAGGAAGCUGUCAAUGGGGGGAAUUAAGAAUUUUCAAGAAUUGGAGAAAAUAGAGAGUAGUGCCUGCACUAAGAAAAAUGGGACAGUGGGUGGAAUUGAUAGUAGAAUUCUUGUGUUUGUAAGGCUUAGACCUAUGGCAAAGAAGGAGAAGGAAGUUGGUUCGAGGUGUUGUGUUAAGAUUGUGAAUAAGAGAGAUGUUUACUUGACUGAGUUUGCUAAUGAGAAUGAUUAUCUUAGACUAAAGAGGCUUAGAGGCAGGCAUUUUACUUUUGAUGCUUCAUUCCCGGAUUCCACUGGUCAACAUGAAGUUUAUACCACCACCACUGCAGAGCUUGUGGAAGCAGUUUUGCAGGGAAGAAAUGGCUCAGUAUUUUGCUAUGGUGCCACAGGAGCUGGAAAAACUUAUACAAUGCUAGGCACUGUGGACAAUCCAGGCGUGAUGGUUUUGGCAAUAAAGGAUCUUUUUACAAAGAUUAGGCAGAGAAGCUGUGAUGGAAAUCAUGUAGUUCAUCUCUCCUAUCUUGAGGUCUACAAUGAAACCGUCAGGGAUUUACUCUCUCCGGGAAGACCUCUUGUCCUGAGAGAAGAUAAGCAGGGAAUUGUUGCAGCAGGGAUUACACAAUACAGGGCUUAUUCCACGGAUGAAGUGAUGGCAUUGCUUCAAAGAGGAAACCAAAACCGAACCACUGAACCAACUCGUGCGAAUGAAACGUCCUCACGAUCCCAUGCAAUUCUUCAGGUUGUGGUUGAAUAUAGAGUCAAAGAUGCUUCAAUGAAUGUCAUUAAUAGAGUUGGAAAACUCUCACUCAUAGAUCUUGCUGGCUCCGAAAGAGCCCUUGCAACUGAUCAGAGAACACUUAGAUCACUGGAGGGUGCGAACAUUAAUCGGUCACUUCUUGCACUGAGCAGCUGCAUCAAUGCCCUUGUUGAGGGUAAGAAACACAUACCGUACAGAAACUCAAAGCUCACACAACUAUUGAAGGACUCAUUAGGUGGAGCUUGUAACACGGUAAUGAUUGCUAAUAUCAGCCCAAGCAAUCUCUCAUUUGGUGAAACACAAAAUACUCUACAUUGGGCUGACCGAGCCAAGGAAAUCAGAACCAAGGCAUGUGAGGCAAAUGAGGAGACACUUGAAGUACCUGAAACUGGAACCGAUCAGGCCAAGCUUCUGCUUGAACUGCAGAAGGAAAAUCGUGAAUUGCGAGUACAACUGGCACGCCAUCAGCAGAAGUUGCUAACCCUUCAAGCUCAAUCCUUGGCUGAAAAUGCUUCUCCAACCCCUUCUUCAGUUACAUCUCUCCUGACUCCCCCAUCUACCGCCCAACAAAAUGGGAAGAGGAAACCUCGAUCCACCUUCUUAAUUGGAAACUGUUUCACACCAGAAUCCAGAAAGAGGGGAGCAGAGGAAGCAGUUAAAGAGCUUAGACUGACAGUGAAGGCAUUGGAACUGGAAAUGGCGAGAAUGAAGAAAGAUCAUGCUUCACAGUUAAAGCAGAAAGAUGAUAUUAUUCGUGAGCUUUCAAGAAAGAAUGAAAAGCCAUCAGAAGUAGGUCUGAAGAGGGUUGUUACAAGGGCUAGCUUGCGGCCAAAGCAACCAAACCCCGGGGAAUUGAAGAGCCCAAGUCAUCGUUUUCGAUCACCAGUCCCAACAACCAAAAAAAGAAGUUUCUGGGAUAUAACAACAGCUACCAGCCCAUCAGUCUCUACGCUGAAUGGAAGAAAAACAAGAAGCCACGUCAUUUCAGAACCUGUUGCAGCUCCCUCCAUGCUACUUCAGGUGCAGUGAUUUUUUUAACCUUAUCCUUUCUUUUAUUUUGAGUGGGUUCGUUUUACUUUUAAGGUCAUACUCGUAUGCAAAAAAAAAAAGUAUGUUCUGCAUAAUGCUUUUUUUUCUUCUUUUCUUCUGUAACUAAUGCACCUUGCCUAUCCAUGUUUCUGGUU